UGUAUCAUGGCGACAAGAAAUGGAUUUAUUUAUGCUUUGCAUUUCAUUAAAGAAACAAGAGCAAGUUUUUAUCGCCAAGAAACACAUAUGAAUGUAAUCAAACGCGAGACUCAAUAAUCCUUUAAUUCGAAACCGUUGAGUUUUCUAAGGUAAUCGUUGGACUUGAUGGGUUCUCAAUCCGUAACAAAGGCUGUAGCAAAGAAAUUGAAGUAUUAUGUUGAUAUAAAAAGGAGAGAAGAUGCAUUUGAUCUUACUGGACCAUAUUUACCCCCACAGGAACCAAUGCCACAUAGACCUGGUCCCACACUAGCAUAUGAUGGUAUUCAUGAUCGGAGUCUAAAACAUUAUUUCCGAGAUCCGGAAGUCAAACAAAAAGUUGGUAAAAUGACCACGUCCUCGGGAAAGGCCUACCGCGAGAAUGAAAUACGACAAAUCCUGGAUGUUGAAAUGUCCAAACGAAAUUAUAAGUUAACCUCUGACCCGGAGUCGCCAUAUCUCAGCGGUGUGAGGAAACAAAGUGCGCCAGUUAGACGUAGACCUCGAGCUCUGAUUAGUGUUGAUGAAUAUUUAAAAACAAAAAAGGGAUCAAAGCAAAGGAAAGUGAAGCCUGAUAGUAUCGGUAAACCUCGGAAAGCUGUUAGAAGAUCACCACCUCAUUUUGUCAGCAAGAACGAACAUGAACGUCUGGUGAACAUGGCUGCACGAUUGAUCGCAGCUACUGAAACUUCUGCGUUGCCAGGCAACCGAUACUCACGAACAGCGGGCGAAACAUCAACGUGUGAUAGUUCUCAAAUAGACCUGCAAAGUUAUACUGGCGAAAGCUCAGACACAGAAAUUAGUGCAAGAAGACAUCCAAGACCACCUUCUCGAGCCGGUCAUCCCCUGACCAGAUGGACACCUCCAAGAGCUUCCUCUGCUGACGCAGGCGUACAUAAGAAAACGUCUUCAAAGUCUUCAAACAAUUCUGUUCAAUCUGACACAAGUGAUUAUCGAAACCUGCAAGUUAGCCAUCGCAAGGGUUCUAAGAAGAAGGAAUCUGUCUCGCCCUACCAACAAGGACCGGCCAAAGAUGGAAAAUCAGUUCGCAAGAAGCCACUAGAACCGAGUCUCCAACAUCCGCCUUAUCGUCCUCACAGUGCCCGUUAUGGUAAAACGUCAAAAAACAAUGGAUAUAUAAAUGACAAGAAGAUGGUGAACUCGUACAUGGCAAGCUCUGAAGAUGAACGCAAUAUGGCGAAUAAUGACCAGAGAUUAUUUUACAAAAGAUCUCCAAAGCUAAACGGUGUACGAAUUCGCACCUUGACAUAUGAGGUUUAUAUUGUGACUGGGGAUUGUCGGGGAGCUGGUACCGAGGCGGAUAUAAAAUUGACCUUAUUUGGAGAACACGGCUCUUCCGGUGAACGACCGCUGCUCAAAUCAAUGAAUCAUCCACGCAGGUUUUGCAGAGGACAGGUUGAUAUUUUCCCCAUCGAUUCUUUGUACUUGGGAGAACUACAUAACAUUCGGAUUGGGCAUACCAAGACAUCGCCAGAGCAUGGUUGGUUCCUUGAAAAGAUUUACAUCAGCGAGGGCAAAAAGGAGAAUCGUGUCUUUGAAUUCUCAUGUCAAAGAUGGUUCUCUGCACAAAAAGACGACGGGCAAAUUGUGCGCGACGUUUCUGUCUCAGAACUUAUCUCAGAACCAGAACUAAAUAACAAGAUAGACGAAUACACAAGCCAAGCACUGGGCUCAUCAGAUGAUGAAUCCGAUGCUAGCUACUCGUCGGAAUCCAGCGAUGACAAAAAGCAACGUUAUUCGUCAGAUAGAGAUAGUCAAACUUCAGAAAACAAUCGAAAAGGAAGCCCCAAGGCCUCUCAAAAGGAAAGAACUGGAAAACACCAUGAAACACGCAAGAAAACGGUUUCGUUUGAAGGAGAAAACACAAAGAAAGAACACGACUCGGAUGAUCACGAUGACGUAACGAAGAACUCCGAAGAUGAGUAUGCAAGUAGUUUAGAAAAAUCUGAUUACAGCAGCUCAGAUACAGAGGAUGAGAAUGCAGGUAAAAGAUCCGGGAGUGAAAAAUCUCCCAGUGAAGUUUCUGAUGACGAAGAAAGGAAAAAAAAUUCUGAAGUAAAAAAUUCGGAGGGCAUAAACUCAGACGAUAAAAAUUCGAAGGGUAAGAGUUCCGAGGAGAAAGGUUCCGAUAGGCAAUCAGAGGAAAAGAUUUUCAUUGAUAAGAAUUCUAAAAAAGAAAACGUUUUGAAGAAAGAUUCAGAGCGUAAAAGCUCGAAGGAAGAGAGUUCCGAGAAAAGGAAAGAAGAAGAUUUUUGGUCGGCUGGUUCAGAUAAAUGUGAACCAAUCCACUAUGACUUGGGUGUGAAGGAUGAGGAAACCCGAGAAAAAGAUGAUUCAGAUCACUCCAGUUCGCCAGAGAGUUCACCUAACUCAUCUUUAACAAGCUUGAAACAUGACAAGGUGGAGGAUGGAAAAGAGUCGGCAAAAGAAAAAAGAGUUGAUAAUGAAACCGAUAGUAAGGACGAACAAGAGAGUGCUGAUAAACAAAGUAACCAAGAGAGCGUGAAAACUGAUGUUAAAUCAGAUGAAGAGUCGAAUAAAGAUUACAUGGCAGGAUUUCUUGCUGGCGUAAGAGCAACUGAACACGAAAAAGAAAUGCACAAAGAAGAUGAACAGGCCAGCGAUAAUUAUGAAGAUGAUGAAGAUGAUGAAGAAUAUAUUAUGAGAAAAGGUCCAUCACUUCAUGUCGCGGUGUCAACUGGGGAUACUGACAGGGUACAUGAACUGAUUCAACACAACCCAUCUCUGAAAGACCAAACCGACGAAAAGGGUUGGAUUCCACUUCAUGUCGGUUGUGCGUCUGGGCAGCUGGAGUGCGUAAAACUUAUUGCCGUCAGUGGAGGAAACUUAGAGCAAGAGACACCAACUGGAUAUACCAGCAUGCAUCUCGCUGCUAUGAAUGGCCACGUGAAUUGUAUGAUGGUUUUAUUUGCACUGGGUGCUGAAAUCAGUUGUCGCACUAUUGAUGAGUACACACCUCUACACCUCGCUGCUAUGAGUGGACACGUGGAAUGUGUGAAGUGGUUGCUCGCUAAUCGAGCUAGACACGACGUGAAAGAUGUGAAUGAUCGAACUCCAGGCGAUAUUGCUGAGGAAUACUGCUAUGAAGAUGUUGCCAAGUUAUUAAAGUCCUUCAAAAAAGAACUGACUCGUACAGACAGUACUUUAUCUCAUCUUUUGACUUAUGAAGGAAAAAGACGAAAAAGUACCGAAUCUGUAACGAGUGAAACUGUUGAUUCUUCAAAAAAAGUGACAGAUAAUGAUGAAGAGGUAUUAGAAAAUGAUCAGGAAAAUUGGGUCAGUGACAAUGAUGAUGAUGAUAAUGAUGAUGAUGAUGUUCAGGACAAAGAAGCCUCGUCCACUUCUGCACAGCGGCCACCUUCGGGCUUACGACCCGCAUCAGGCGGCCGACCCGGUUCAGGCCGGCGCCCGGGAUCAGCCCGAAGUGACGAUGGUGUUAACGCAAUGAAUAGAACAGACUCCAUAAUGACCAAAGAGGAGAAAAAGAAAUUAUAUGAAAAACAACGGAAACAAAUGAAGAAAAGAAAUUCAAGUUUCCUUGAUAGCAUACGAAUGGAUGUCGAAGACGAUUUUAAUGGAAAUUUCUAAGAUAUAUAUUUGUACAUAGAAAACCACACAUUCACACGAAUACAUGAUUCAUUUUAUGAUCACAACACAAUAUGAAGACGAUUUGAAUAGCAAUUCCCCGAGAAUUACAUCCAACAUGUAAAAUUUAGUAAGGUUUUGUUGCACAAGCAACCAGUUUCAAUAUUUUAAUCAAUCGUUUUCGCUUCUAUAGUUUAAGUAAAAAAUGCAAAGCAUAGUUAAAUUUAGCUAUGUCGACUAUGCGUUCAUUUUAUCUGCCAAUAAAGAGCUCUGGAAAAAAUUAAUCAAUUCCUAUGAUUUACUUUUAAUCAUAAAGCACUCCCAAAUUUACCCUAGCUGUACAUAAAACAAUUUACUAAGUCUCCUAUCUUUUUGAUAUAACUGCUUUGAAAGAUCUUUUUGAUAUAGCUGCUUUGAAAGAUCUUUUUUAUAUAGCUGAACGUGCGAGAAUUCAACGACCGCCUCAUUUUAUGUGCAUUACGUGAUCUGACCCAACAUCGAUUAUACCAAAGAAUUUGCUUUCAUAAAUUCUUGCUAUCAUGGAUUCUGUCCCCUUGAAUGUGGUGUCAUUUCAAUCAAAUUUGCUUUCCUUAGCCAAACAUGUUUUAAAACCAUUAAU